GUGGUUCUUUGACCGUUGUGGUUCUCUGACUCUCAAUAUUUACAGUAUAUUCUGCUCGGAUUUCACUCGAAUUUAUAUACAGAGACAAACCGGACAGGUUCUUUGCAUCAACAGCGGGAUUCGACGAGGAUCCCCAUUCCUCAGUCACUCUCUUUCUAUGUCGACCUCCGCAAUAAUCUACCCAGCGGAUACGCACAUUGGCACUGUCACAUCUUUUAUCCCGCUAACAACAACAUGGACGGCGCCAUCAGGAUGCUAUACCAAAUACCGUUUGGAUGGGCCGAGCUUAAUGGCGUUUGAUCCCGCGUACGGGCUCGACGUGGAAACUGGCCUAGUUUGUGCACCACCGGCCAUGACAACAUGGUGGGAACAAGGGCUUCUAGGUGGUGGAGGUGGUGGUGACUCGUACAGGACACGGAUUAGCAUCGGACCUAUAUCAUGCCCCAAAGAUUGGCCCCUGCUUGCCUCUUCUACAAAGGAUUCGUCCAGUGUUUUAAGUCUGUGCUGUCCAUCGGGAUUCUACCUUGCAGAUGCUGUACCCGGUUCUGUUGGCGGAAACUGCCUGUCAGAUGUUUCCUCAGGCAUGGUUCUAACUUACGGAUCCACUGCAUCUGGUGACUCGACCUCGUGGGCCAUGGCUACAACAACCCUGACCGCUAGCUCAACUGUCGGUGCGAUUGGCAUUCAGGGUUGGAACAUUAAAUACCAAACAACUGCUACCUCUACUUCUACGACUUCGACAACCACACAAUCUUCGUCAACAACCCCAACCACGUCAACAACAGCAUCGGCGGCUUCCCAAAAUCUUCCUACCUCCAGCUCAAGCUCUGGCAGUGGCCUCACUAUCGGAGCAAAAACGGGAAUUGGUGUCGGAGUCGGCGUGGGUGCGAUAGGUGUAAUCGCACUGCUUGCUGCCUUUUACCUCUUCCGCAAGCGGAAUCAGGGAACAGAACCGGAGCUUGCGCAGAGUUUGUAUCCUCACUACUCGCAGCCACCGUCUAUGUCCGUACCCCCGGCAGAGUACUACCAGCCACAAUAUCCUGCUGAGUUGAAUGCGAUUAAGCUACGUCCGGGCGAAGGCGGCAAUCCACCGGCCGAGCUGCCAUCAAGGAAUUGGGCUUCAAGAAGUGGUGUGUCAUGAAAGUGAUAAAUUAAUGUCUACGAACCUACAAUAAGCGAGUACUAAUUCGAUUGUUAAUCUUGGGGAGGAUCCCUCGUUGUCCUAAUUAACCUGUACGCAAUAAUGAAGGGGUUAACUUUGCUAAUGCCCCUCUAUCCUAAUUCUAACG